AUGGCGAUUGAUGUGCGGUUCUUGAACAAGUGUAGGGGAAUCAGCGGCUCGCGACAGAAGCGCGUACCUUCGAAUAGAGUUCGAAGAUGGGAGACGCAGGGAGCUCUAGAAGACCAAGAACGAGCGGACCGCCCACUCCCACAGAGCGCCACGGGUACAGGCUUCCAGUCCAGCCGACCCCAAUCAGGGCUGACAUACAAGCAGCAACGUGUUUCCGAGGUAGUCCAACCGUCUCAGUUGCUCGCCGAUGGCGCCAGGUCUGUGUGCCAGGCGCAGAAAGAAGAACACAAGGAGAAGAGCGACACCGGCGAUGGGAAGGUUGAGGGAGAAGACCCAUCUUCAACUACUCUGCUGGACAAUGACACCCGAGAUCACGGGCUCAAGCGCGGUCCGGAGAGUUAUUCCUCCAAACAGGAUGGAAAGGCUAAAUCUACAAUAGGGCGUUGA